UCACAAAGUGUUUAUUUUUUUUUUUUUUUUUUUUAGCUUAGACGUUAUGGUAGUUGUUUAAGAUUUGAGUGUCAAGUUCGCUUUUCUUGAUUCUCGCAGCAGAUGGCGCUUAAAUGUCCUGUCAUUCAGUGUUAAUUCCUUAUUUCAUAAAAAUUUGUGAAAGAUGUUUGACUGCGAAAAUUUUAUAAUUAAUUUUUCUACCAUUACUCCAACUAACGGUGCUUUCUAAUAAUGGUAAAAAUCGUAAACGUUUCUACCGGGAUCAAGUAAAGCCGGACCCUAUAGUGUUGCACUUUUGCGGAUCGCAUUUGAACGCACCAGACAGCUGUUUUCUUUUUGGCUGUGCCCGCUUCAUUUACCGAGCUGAGAGAUAGAGAAACUGUCAACAAAACUGUCAAUACGUUUACUACUGCCGAUCUGAAAUGUCUUAUAGGAAAACUUUAUUAGGUGCUUCAUGCAGCCUUUGUGUGCACGCCCUCAGAGCUCUGCUGGUUUUCUCUCUGUGCUGCUUCAUCUCUGGAUACUCCGAAAGAGACAGAGCACAUGAUUUAUUAUCCAAAUAUCCUCUCAUAGACGGUCAUAACGAUUUAGCUCUAAGGUUGAGGAUCCAUCACAACAACCAGCUGAGCAAGAUCAAUCUAACUCAUCUCACCAGAGUGGCCACUGAUAUCUCCCGCCUCAGAGCAGGCCAUGUGCAGACACAGAUGUUUGCAGCCUAUGUUUUGUGUGGAGCCCAGGACAUGGAUGCGGUGCGACUGACUUUGGAACAAAUAGAUGUAAUCAGACGAAUAUGCACAGAAUACCCUGACUUUGAACUGGUCACUUCCACUCAGGAAGUGAGGGAUUCCAUGACGAGGCGUAAAAUUGCUUGUCUGAUAAGUAUUGAAGGGGGCCACUCCAUAGAUAGCAGCCUUCCUGCGCUGCGCAUGUUUUAUCAGCUUGGAGUCCGCUCCAUGUCCCUCACUCAUUCCUGCAAUACUCCCUGGGCUGAAUCUUCUACAAACUAUUACAAAGUCUUUGUAAGGCCCAAUAGCAGCCUGACGACAUUUGGAAAGGCUGUGGUGGAUGAGAUGAACAGACUGGGAAUGAUAGUGGAUCUUUCCCACGCAUCUUCUGAGACAGCUUCAGCCGUUCUGAGCCAUUCCAAAGCUCCAGUCAUUUUCAGUCAUUCGUCCUCCUACAAGAUCUGUAACAACAGUCGUAAUGUACCUGACUGGUUGCUUCAUGAGCUGAAAAAGAACAGAGGGCUGAUCAUGGUGAAUUUCUACAGCCCUUUUAUUUCCUGCCAGAACGAGGCUACUGUUUCUCAUUUGGCUGACCACUUUGAUCACAUUAAGGAGGUUAUUGGAGCUAAGUCAAUAGGAAUUGGAGGAGACUUUGAUGGUGGCACUAGUUUUCCUGUGGGAUUAGAAGACGUCUCAAAGUAUCCUGUAAUAAUCCAGGAGCUCCUGAAGAGGAAAUGGACAGAGGAGGAAUUGGCUGAUGUCCUUAGAAAUAAUUUCCUGCGAGUGUUUGAGGAAGUUGAGAAGGUUCGCAAUAAUCUAAGCUGGAAGAAGCCAAGUGAAGAAGAGAUACCUCUAAAAGAGGUGGCAAACAAAUGUAGAUUGGAACUCAAACAACCUAUCCUGCAAGAAUUGGUCUCCAACCGGAGCCCAUCAUUUAAAGCAAAAGGACUGAUUUUAUUAUUCCUGGCCUUAGCACUGCUUAUUUCCUUCUUUCCUUGACUGACUAAAUCCGGUUCUCUUCUUUAAUUGAGCUUUUUAUUAUCUAUAUGAUGAAUGAAUGCAUAUGUCUACUCAUAUGUCUAAUGGACAUAUUAGUGCAUAUGUCCAUUAUGCACUCAUAUUUCAUAGGUACAUAUGUAUAUGUGUACCUAUUUGCUUAUAGCAUAUAGUUACAAUAGCUAUUCACAUAUUUUUACAAUUAUUUUUUACUAGGGGUGCACUGAUUGAUCGGCCUGAAUUCCAUAAUUUUGGGUGAUCAACGAUCGGCUGAUACUUUCGGGUGAAACUGAUCAUAACCACCAAUCUUAUCUACCUCUAUAAAGGUCUGAAAAUUAGUCACUGAACUCUUUUGCUUUGCUGUGCAAGAGGGCUGACUGACAGAUCCACUCAUUAUCUCACAUCUGCAGGUAUUUGGUUAACGAUAGUCAACCAAAUACUAAUCCUAAUACAGUCCUCUGUAGUGAUUUUCUCUUCAUAAAAGUAACUUGUGACAAAUGUGGUUAUUGGAAACUUUAGCAACAGUACUAUUUAUAAAGAAAAAAAAGGGUAUCUGCAAAAAUUUAAAUAGUCACAUCAGUCUUUUUUAAGGUUGGUGAUCUGCCAAAACAAUUGCAGUCAGUGCAUCCCUACUUCUUACCUGUAUUUAUUAAAAUUCUGCUGUAUAGGAUGCACUUUAAUAACCAAUGUGUGAAUGUAUUAAUAACAUAUAUUUUGUUACUGAUGUAUGUGGUUCAAAAUCAGUAUAGAAAAAAAAAUAAAAAGCUUAAAAUGGAGCUUCUGAUUUAAUGAAUGUUGUUGACCAGUGAGAAGGUUGCCAGGUGAAAUCAAAGCAGAUCAUUUACAGCUUACAGAGCUCCUUUAAAUAUAGGAAUUAAACCAAAUAAUCAGAGUAGUCGCUGUGGCAGGACUUGAAUCAACAGAUGAAAAGAUCCAUUGGUAAGAUUAAUUAUAGUGAUUAUAUAUAUCUUUAUAUAACCUCAGCUACAUUUUCAUAAGUCUGGGUAGUACACACAUGCAUUCAUACAUCCAUACAAUUAAAAUUUAC